GACUGGGUUCGCGUUGCUGGGGCUCUCUACCCUGUUUUCUGCGAACUAAACCCUCCAUACUAUGCCGAUUUGGCCUGGCAACCGGCUCGCACACUUUCUACAUGGACGAAUCUUACGGUUCAAACUCGUACAGGAACUUUUGUUGGCAUGUUAAAUGCUACCUAUCCUAAUGUUCGGCAGUUCUUACGUGUUCUUUUUGCCCAAGCUCCGGUUGGUGACCUACGGUGGCUCCCGCCUCAUCGGUUGCCCGACUCCUCGAAAAGAAUCGAUUCGACCCGAUACGGCCCGGCAUGUCCGCAAUAUGUUGCCUCAAGCGAUGGCAUGUGGUCCGAAUACGAGCCGACCAGUCUCUUGCUCAAUGUAGGCGAAGCUGAUAACCAGGGUUCCACAGCCUGGUCUUCAGCUGAAGACUGUCUAUCCCUGGCUAUCUGGAACCCCUCCCACGCCAACGGAUCCUCGAAACUGCCCGUUGCACUAUUUGUCACUGGUGGUGGUGGAGUCACUGGUGGAAUCGAGGUUCCGUCCCAGCUUCCGUCCCAUUGGGUAUCACGCUCUCAGGAGCAUAUUGUGAUCACAAUCAACUAUAGAUCUUCUUUUCUCCUAUAUCCCAAAUCGAAAGCCCUCAAGGAGAGCUCACUGACUCUGUUGGAUGUCCGCGCUGCGGUUGAGUGGGUAUGGGAGAAUAUAGAGGCUUUUGGGGGUGACCCUGCGAACAUCAUGCUAUGGGGUCAGUCUCAAGGGGCCGCGUUGACCCACCUAUACACCCUCGCUUUUCCGGACAACCCGCUCGCAGCAAAAUUUGGCAUCAUAUCACAGCCCCCUACGGUGACCAUCAACCUAACUGAGACAGACGAUGUCUAUCAAGAUUUCCAUACCGUCGCCCGAGGGCUUGGCUGUAACUACGGAGAUGACGCGGAGGCAGAGCUUGAGUGCAUGCGUCAGGUCUCCUGGGUCCAGAUCGAGGAGUAUAUCAAUAGGUAUAACGGCACCACCUCACUGGCAUUUACUAACUAUAUUCCGGAUGAGAAGUACAUAUUUUCAAACGAGACCGCGCGCUAUCUGGCUGGCAAGGUUGCCCGAGGACCAGCCAUCCGGCCAGACGCAUCUAGGGAGCAAGCCAACACUGAUGAAUCAGUCACUAUCGAAGUUGAGGGUGAAUGGAUUUGUACUGCUUACGAAGAUUCAAUAUUGCGUGCGUCCUUGGGGCUGGAGACAUAUCGAUACUUAUGGGCGGGGAACUUCUCCAACAUCAGUCCAGUGUCUUAUCUUGGAGCUUUCCAUUGGUCUGACCUCUUGAUGAUCUUCGGCACUUAUAUGACGGAUGCUGGUGAUAUUUCCGAGCUAGAAUCCAUGACGUCAGAAGCCAUGCAGGACUAUAUCCUUGCCUUUCUCAAAGAUUCAUCAACUGUCAGUUCCGCGGUCGGGUGGCCGGCUUUCGAUGCUAGUGCACCAUAUGGCGGGCUUGUCUUGGAAUUUGGCAACCAGACAGCUGUGAAAAACAUCACGGGCAACUUUCUCGAGGCUGGAUGUUGGAAUUCAUCCAUAUCCUUUCCGAUUUAUGAGCCUAGGAAGAGAGCAGCGCGGUCAUGGUCAGCAUAA